UUGCCCAAAAGCAGCAAGACGUUCCAGUCCAGCACAAACUAUGAAGGCUCUCAUUCUCCUGGCUCUGUGCGCCGCGGCGUAUGCAGCCCCCGUGGACGGUGAUGAUGACAAGAUCGUCGGAGGCUACGAGUGCCGGAAGAACGGCGUGCCUUACCAGGUGUCCCUGAACGUCGGCUACCACUUCUGCGGCGGUUCGCUCAUCAGCAACCAGUGGGUGGUGUCUGCCGCUCACUGCUACCAGUCUCGCAUCCAGGUGCGCCUGGGAGAGCACAACAUUGCCGUCAACGAGGGCACCGAGCAGUUCAUUAGCUCCGCCGUGGUGGUCAGGCACCCCCGCUACAGCAGCAGCAACCUGGACAACGACAUCAUGCUGAUCAAGCUGAGCCAACGCGCCACCCUGAACAGUUAUGUGAAGACCGUGGCCCUGCCCAGCAGCUGCGCCGCCGCCGGCACCCGCUGCCUCAUCUCCGGCUGGGGCAACACCAGCAGCAGUGGCAGCAACUACCCCAACCGCCUGAUGUGCCUGGACGCCCCCAUCUUGAGUGACAGCGCCUGCAGGAACUCCUACCCCGGCCAGAUCUCCUCCAAUAUGUUCUGCGCUGGCUUCCUGGAGGGAGGGAAGGACUCCUGCCAGGGUGACUCCGGUGGCCCCGUGGUGUGCAAUGGCCAGCUGCAGGGCAUCGUCUCCUGGGGUUACGGCUGCGCUCAGAGGAACAAGCCCGGUGUCUACGCCAAGGUCUGCAACUACAACACCUGGAUCAGGGACACCAUGAAUUCCUAUUAAAUCCUAAACCGCAGCAGCAUAUCUCAAUAAAGAAAAGUUGAAAAUA